AUGUCCGUUCUGAAAUUGUUACGUGUGUCGCCAUCUUUGUUUGCACGCCGUACAGACUGGGGCGAGUGCCCUGAGACAUGCGCCCCGCGCCCCAGUAGAGUGUUUGCCCAGUUCUCAAGUGGGGUUCGCGCCCCGCGCCCCAGUAGAGUGUUUGCCCAGUUCUCAAGUGGGGUUCGCGCCCCGCGCCCCAGUAGAGUGUUGGCCCAGUUCUCAAGUGGAGUGUGCGCCCCGCGCCCCAGUAGAGUGUUUGCCCAGUUCUCAAGUGGAGUGUGCGCCCCGCGCCCCAGUAGAGUGUUUGCCCAGUUCUCAAGUGGGGUUCGCGCCCCGCGCCCCAGUAGAGUGUUGGCCCAGUUCUCAAGUGGAGUGUGCGCCCCGCUCCCCAGUAGAGUGUUGGCCCAGUUCUCAAGUGGAGUGUGCGCCCCGCUCCCCAGUAGAGUGUUGGCCCAGUUCUCAAGUGGAGUGUGCGCCCCGCUCCCCAGUAGAGUGUUGGCCCAGUUCUCAAGUGGAGUGUGCGCCCCGCUCCCCAGUAGAGUGUUGGCCCAGUUCUCAAGUGGGGUGUGCGUCCCGAUCACCGAGGGGUCGGCGCCCAGCUACUCCUGGAAUAUACACCCCGUAUACGCUACGCUCUUCGUUAGGUUGUGCGCCCUACCUAGUAAACCACUGACCAAGUAA